AUAUGAUUCCUGAAGUAGCUUACUGUAAGAGCCGGCACAGUAGUUCACAAUACACGGUAACAAGAAGAAGACUACAUAAGAUUUCUGUCAUCACAGCUGGAGAAACUGUAGAAACUGUAGACAUUUCAACAGUUUUGUGAACGUUACAGGAGAUCAGGACUGAUGGAUGUAUUUUGCGCUUUGUUGCUCUGCUUUCAUCUCUUAACUGCGGUUCAAGUGAGCGGUGAGCGUCACUCUUUCAGUGUCUCCGUGCCCCAUCGGGUCUACGAGUGUCCUGAAGGGGCCAAUGUCACUUUAACAUGUGUUCAGUCCGGAUCCAAGACUUUUUCGGGGGAUAGGUUGUGGAACACCUGGCUCUUCACACCUCACUCGCAGGAGCGCUGCCACAAGGGUGCACAUCCACGCGGGUCUAGUUACUCCAACCGCACAAUUGGAGUGCAAUACAUCGAAGACAAGAAGGCUUUCUCCAUCAUCUUGCAGAACAUCAAGCACAAGGACCAGGGAAAAUACUGCUGUCUGAUUCUGGAAGUUCAUAACAAGCAAAAGGUGGAGCAGGGGGCCCAUGAAUUCAUCUACCUGAAUGUGGUGCCAUCGAUGGGACAUACUCACAACGGCAGUCUGAAGUGUUUGGAGUGGUCUCACAGUCCUUCAGAUGACUCGUUGGCUGAAGGUCUGGCUAUCACAGCCUGUGUCGUUUUCAUUCUGUGCCUUCCGCUCAUACUGAUGCUGGUUUACAGACAGAGACAAACAGUAGAGCGGCACAGACGUGCACACGAGCUGGUGCGUAUGGACAGUGAAGCACAGGCCCAUGAUAACCCAGUGUUUUUGGGUGAUUCUCCACAACCUAAACCUCGGACUGUAUCCCAAAUAAUGAGGCAGUCAUCUGAAACAGGACGACACCUCCUGUCAGAUCCCGGCACUCCAUUUUCUCCAAACAUACAAGGAGAAUUGUUUUUCCCAGCACAAGAACCCAUCCCUGAGUGUCCCAACUUAAUGGAGUAAAAGACGUCACGUCCACCCCAGGAACAUCUAGUUCUUCUUCCUUCUCCUCCACAUCAUCAUGCCUCUGUUCUUCCUGUCUUCUGCAAAGAUGAGGAGGAGAGACCCACCCCCAAAAAAUGAGAACUGAACUCUCUGCUAUUACGGUGGGACCCUUUAUCUGCUGACUGUUCUUAAACGGGUUUCCCGAGAAGGAAAAUCGGACUAUUUCACAAGUUAGGGCACUAGGGAGAGCUGAUCACAGGGAAUUUUCAUGAAGAGGAUCCAAAGAUUUUCUUUUGUGCCAUUUGAGUUGAAAAAUUGAUUUCAGCAAAGCUGUUUGCACACAUUUCUGUUCAUCACGUGCUUUGUGUGUCAGACACACUGUGGUUUCAUUUGCACUUAAAAGACCAUUUUACUCUUUUUCUUUCUUCUCUAAUCUGUCUAUCCCCAUCCUCAUCCUCCUUUCCCAAUGAAACAAUCAGUUCAUCCGCUCUCUUCUAGAGGUCAGGGAUGUAUUAAUACCUCAUUCACUCCUGUUUUACCCAUCUCAGUACUCAGUUUCUCAAUAGUUAUUUCCUCCAUACUCAAUAUGUCAGUGCCAAAGUACUCAGUUAUCACUUUAUCACUGAAAUGGUGCCUGUGCUGGUCCCGGAUUCGGUGUUUGGUCGGAAAAUCUGCAGAUGCAAAUGACUGUGUUUGUUUCAAAAUGUGAAAUAAUUGAUAAUUCAGUGUCUUUAUGUAAUGGGCCUAGAUUGGGACCAGCACCGGCACGUGUCGGUGGAAAAGGGAUGUUCUCAGUACACUCACCGUCAGACCUGCUGAGAAAUGAUGGGGUGUUUUAAACCCUCUUGCAGUGAGUGUGGUGCUUUUAUGAUGUAUGUAGCUAAACGAUGCAUUCUGUCAGAAUGAGUGCAGAUUUUCUUUUUUGUGGUAAAUGUUGCAUCAGUGACAAUCAAACACAAUGCCACUUUCUUACGUCUCUCGUGUCACCUGUGGCUUUAAGGGCCCGAGGGCUCAUAAAAGAAGAUUUUCUAUCUAUUUUGUAUUUAAUUUUUAUCUGAUUUAUGUGUGUGUGUGUGUGUGUGUGUGUGUGUGUGUUUCCAUUAUUUUAAAAAUUAUAAAAAAAAAAAAAAAACACAGAGCUGGAAAACGUUUUCAGGAAGCUUAAAAGUUGAAAUCCACUGCCAUAAAGAGUGCCAAUACUUUGCUUUGUGUAUGAAUGGUUUGUAGAUGAAUGAUUGCAAAUAUUGUAAAAAUGCUGAUAAAUAUGCCAUUGUACCAGUUUGUAUAUUUGAAGUUGCACAUGUACAGCUAGGUAGCACCGUAUAUGUAGCUCCAGAGACAAUGCUGUUACACAUCUGCUGAUACAAUCGAAAACCACUUGCUUAAAUCUUGUUUUAUAAAAGUACAAACAAAUAAAACUGUUCUGGUGAGAA